GCGAACAGGUUUUUGAGACAUUCGCUCGAAAAUGAAGUAUUGUCUCCGUAGAGUUGUGGCCAAAAAGAACGGCGUUCAAGUGUGGAAAGGUGAAGAAAGGCGCAAGUAAAGAGUGAAGAUUUUGUAUGUGCAAACGUACAUACGCACACACACAAGCUUCAUCGCGGAAUUGAUUAAACAAAAACACACUCCAUACAUUUACGAAUGAGGCUGUGUGUGCCUUUGGUUUCGUGGAAGUCUGGCUACAUAUGUAUGUGUGUGUAUGUGUAUGAUAUGUGUACGUGUAUGUGUAUGUGUAUGACGGUAUGCAAUGUUGCUGAGUUGCUGGCUAUAAUUUUCUUCCUCGACCGUCAUUGCAGCUGGACUUGGAGUUAAUUUUCGUGUUUCUGUUUCAUGUUUUUGUGUCUGAAGUCAAAAGUGAAGGCUGAAACAAUCUUUUUGCUGGCAUGUCGGCACUGAAGGUGGAUCGGGUGAGUAACCAAUUAGUCAUGUCAAUGUCACGACAGUGAGCUCCCCAACGCCACACAUUCGUGAUCGUCAAGCGCGGCACCGAAAUGCCUACCGAGAAUUCAUUGCUGGAGGAACGCGCUAGCGGUGGACCCAUUUCCAUGGUACGCCCUACGCGACUGGAACAAUUUUUGCAAGCGCCUGGUGCUGGUGGCGCGGCCGAGCAACGUAGCACUUCCAGCGGUCGUGUACCGAGCGGCGCUGCGGCAGCUGCUGCCGCUGCAGCAGCUUACGAAACGCAACUCGCCUAUCAACAUCAUCUGGUAGCAGCAGGUUUGAUGGGUGCUGCCGGUGGUGCCGCGAACGCACAAGCUGCGCAUUCUGCCUUCGUACCAGUGCUACCAUCGCGUAAUGCUUUGCGUGCGCCAGGCGCUGCCGCCAUUUACGGUGGCAUGCUGGAUGCCGAGGUGGCGAAGGAGGCGAGCAAGCGCCAUGGCAGCAAUUCCAAUUUUGAAAUCAUCUCCAUGAUGGCAGACAAGCGCAAGGAGUUGGCUUUACGGGAAGCGGCUGCCGCAGCGAUGUUAAUGCAACGACCACCUGGACAGGGACCGCCACCGGGUGUGCCCACUGCUGUUAUGUAUCCACCACCACCGCCAUAUCUAGGCGGUCCCGGACCAUCACCGACUGGCGCCGGCACUUUCGCCUUUCCAUCGGCAGCCGCUGCGGCGGCACUCUUCCCUGCUGGGCUGCCGCCAACUAUGCACGCCGGUUUGGAUCGCCGUUUAUUGCGCGCACCGGGACGCGCAUCGCGUCCAAAGAAACAGUUCAUUUGCAAAUUCUGUAAUCGUCAAUUCACCAAGUCCUACAAUCUGCUCAUACACGAGCGCACACAUACCGACGAGCGGCCGUACUCGUGCGACAUCUGCGGCAAAGCGUUUCGCCGGCAGGAUCAUUUGCGCGAUCACAGAUACAUUCACUCCAAGGAGAAGCCUUUUAAAUGCACCGAAUGUGGCAAAGGUUUCUGCCAGUCGCGUACGCUGGCCGUCCACAAGAUACUCCACAUGGAAGAGUCGCCACACAAGUGUCCCGUUUGCAGUCGCAGCUUCAAUCAGCGCUCCAAUUUGAAAACGCACCUGCUCACGCAUACCGACCACAAGCCAUACGAGUGCUCUUCUUGUGGCAAAGUCUUCCGUCGUAAUUGUGAUCUGCGCCGUCAUGCGCUAACUCACGCCGUCGGCGAUGUGCCCUCCGAAUAUGUAGAUGUAGGCGAGGAGGAUGAGGGCCGACAUUUGAGUGGUGAUGAAGAGGAUACCCUAUUGGAAGUAGAUUCACCGCGGCAAUCACCAAUACAUCGUUUACAAAGCAACUCACCAACGCAAGAGCUGGGAAGCGCGGCGGAUGCUGAGAAGGCGAGUGAAAAUGCGCGCGCAGCUGCACGUAUGCGCCUCAAGCGCAAGGCCUGCUACGAUGCGGAAUUGUCAGAUGAAUCCGAAGAAGAGCUAGAUGAGGAUGACGAGCUGGAUGAAGCCGAGCUGGAGGAUGCCGAGCUCGAUGAUGAAGAUGAAGUGGAAACGGCGCGUAACAAUUUGAAUGAAGGUUUGUUGGAACCAAGACCCACCGGGCAGGGUGUAACGCACUGUCAUCAUGAAGGCGGUGAGACGUACACUAUGCGACCGUCACACGAGACGCGUGACUCAAAUGACCCCACACAUGCCGCUGGCUCGCCGCACUCCUUAUGCGCGCCACCACCCGGCUCCGUUUUCAUGCCGUCAUCCUCACCGAGCGCACGCUACAAUCCGAUGCGUGCAUUGCCUGGUGCCGGCGAAUCUAUACAUUCACCCUCAACAUCCAAUGGGCCCGAGCCUUACAUACCAAUGUUGCAUGUACGCAGAGAUCUCCAUCCCAAAGCGCUGCUGCUGGCAGGUGUUGAAAUGAAGAGCGCCAAUUUAUUGCCACCAAAUGUGAUGAUAGCAACAGUAGCGGCGGCGCAAACUACAUCAACACAACCACCACAGCCACCACAACCAACGGCUGCACCGCCAAUCACCCUACCGCCUGGGCUAACAAGCGCUGGUACACACACGUCGUCGGGCGCGCAACCGACUGGCGUGCCACCACCACCCUUGCCGCCGCUUGUCGAACCAGGGAAGAAUUUACAACAGCCACUGCAUUCGCCGCUCGAAUCAAUGCCCAGUUUUCUUGGCUCCAUACCCAUACGCAAACGUAUUGUCGGCCUCGAACAAAUGGCGGAUGCGCAACGCGCCUACAACGUGACAACAAACACCGGACUGAUGGCGCUCAAUAUGACACGUACGCAUGUCGCAAUGAAAGUCGCUACCCACCCACCGCAGCCGCCGCCGCCCCCACCGCACAAGCAAUCGCCGCAUGCUUUACUACCCAGCAAUGCGUACUUGGUCAAUCAGUCGUCUCUAUUGGGAGCGAAGUCUUUGGGUGGUGAUGGUGCUGGCACCAAUUUAAUUUCAGAUGCGUCAACGCACAUGACUAGAGAGACGGGCGGCACGCCAGGUGGAGCGGCGCCACAUAUGCCGAGUGUUAGCAGUGAGCGUCAUUUCUUGUUGAUGCCAAACACAGUGGAUUUGAAUACUCCUGAGUCCUUGGCUGGUGGUGGAGGCGCGCGUUCCAUAAUACCACCAGCGCCUACAACAAUAACAAUGCAACAACAACAACAGCAGCAGCCACCGCCGCCAACGAGGCGCACUGGCUUUAGCAUAGAGGAUAUAAUGCGGCGCUGAGGCUAAGCUUUGUUGGUUGAGAGGCUGCGCGCUUAAUGCGUGGCGGCGGUUUAUUUUUCCUAUGAUUUGCCCACUUUUUUGCAUUUCUCUACGCUUUGAAAUGCUUACGCUAAGAAAAUGAAUAUAUUCGCUAUUAAUUGAUUUAAAAUAUUUUAGUUUAAGAUUAGAUUUCAAGUGCCUUCUCAUGUAACUGUGUAUGUACUCACAUACAUAUAUAGAUAUUUUAGUGCCCAAAGCCAAUCUACUGCAUACACACACGCACUCUAUACAUAUUUAUAAGUAUGACCUAUGGUUUUUUAAGUUAUAUGCGCGUACUUUGAUUUUUGCUUACAGUUAAGUGCUUCUAGUUGUAGUUACUUGCAUUCAAUUAAGCUUUUUUUAAACUAAACUGCAUACAAUUUUGGAUAUAAUGUAAUUAAUAGGCACACACACACACGUACAUAUGUGGGCAUGCAUGCAUGCACUUAGUUUAGAAUCGUGUAAAUAUAAGUUCAACCGUAUGAAUGUAUAACUACUUGCCGGGCACUUAGUGCUAUAAACGGUUUUCAAUAUUAUAAAUAUACGCGUACAUUUUACAACAACUGACAAAGGACAGCUCAAUAUUUGUUAAAAAUGUGGGCUGAGAGAACGACGCAAAGCCUUAAAUAACUUAAAUUAUAACAAAGGUGAAUAUGUAGGUGAAUUGAUAUGACAGUGGAUCUCACAAAACAUAGAGAAUAAAACAACAAACAGUCUACAGAAUAUUCGAGCUUUUUUCGCCCUCAGU